CAAGUAGUCGUGAGCAGGAAGGGUGAAACGAAACCAGAGACCGAGCUAGGGGGCCGGAGCUGGUAUUUAAAAGCACGACGCAGCCGCUCAAUAACGGAACCGCGGUAACGUUCAUUCUCAGGACAGAGCGCGUGUGGAGAAGAAGGGAAUAUAAAUAAGAACUGAAGAGGAAGGGAAGACUCAGUCAAGCAACCUUUGCUGAUUUUAAUUAUUCUAGGGUUUGAAGACAUAUACACAGUCGCAAUGGAGUUGAAAAAAAAUGCACUUAUGAAAGACGAAGGCUACACCGAAUUUCACUGCGGUUUCUCAAUUGCCUGAGGAAAUAUACAGAAUAGCCUCCAUCAUUGAAAAUGCGUCACAUGUCAGGAUGAUCUUCGUUGGACAUAGACUGCUGGUGGAAAUUAUGUCAUAUAAAAUGAAGGCAAAUUCCGCGCGCAACUGACGUCUAGGACGACAUUAUAUCAGAGCAGGUGCAGUGUGUGUCCCUUCGACAUUUACCGUUAUACGCGUGUUCUGAAGAUUUAACUGUGAACGUGGUGUGGGCCUGCCAGGCUGAUCACAGAGAAGAGAAGCGGGAACAUCUUUGAUUGAUAUCAACCUGAGAAAUAAAACAUACUGGGAAAAUGUCAUCUGCAAUUGAAAGGAAGACGAUGGAGGCUAACGAGGAGCCGGUGGACGAGGUGUUACAGAUGGCCCCGUCCCUCUUGAACUGUGGGGGUUGCCAGCAGAGCAUCGGGGACAGGUUCUUCCUGAAAGCCAUAGAGAAGUACUGGCAUGAGGACUGUCUGAGCUGUGACCUGUGUGGCUGCAGACUGGGAGAGGUGGGACGAAGACUCUACUACAAACUGGGACGUAAGCUCUGUCGCAGAGACUACCUCAGGCUGUUUGGACAGGACGGGCUGUGUGCUAGCUGUGAGAAGAGAAUCAGAGCGUUUGAGAUGACCAUGCGUGUGAGGGACAAGGUCUACCACCUGGAGUGUUUUAAAUGCGCGGCCUGCCAGAAACACUUCUGUGUCGGGGACCGUUACUUGCUCAUCAACUCAGACAUUGUGUGUGAGCAGGACAUCUUUGAGUGGACCAAACUCAACAAUAACAUGGUUUAGCAGAUUCAUGAACAUUCUAGAACAUUCUACAACACUUUAGAACACCUCAAAAACAUGGUGUAGAACACUGUAGAACAUUCUACAACACUUUAGAACACCUCAAAAACAUGGUGUAGAACACUGUAGAACAUUCUACAACACUUUAGAACACCUCAAAAACAUGGUGUAGAACACUGUAGAACAUUCUACAACACUCCAGAGCACCUCAAAAACAUGGUGUAGAAAACUCUAGAAUAUUGUAGAACACAACGAUGAGAUGGUUUUGAUUGUGAUCGUGAUCUCUCCAUUUGGGGAUCAACAGCAUGAUAAAAUAUCUCCAGAUGUACAGCAAGAUAAUAGAUCUCAAACUUUCGGACAAAGGUCGCCACAUACAGGCUCUCUUGUACCUCUCAAAGCUGUUAGAUGUUUGAAGAGAGUUGUUUCACCAUUGAUCUGUACUGGAGGCUGAAUGAAGGCUCGAUCCACCAGCGAAUGGAGAACUGUUUCAUUAUCUUGAGUUCCACCCUUUCAAUGCAAAAAAGGACAAUGUAAUAAUGCAAUAAUCUAUGUGCUCAUUGCAGAAAUCUGAAUAUUUCUUGUAUCAUACAGUGUAAUAGAGAUUUGCUCAUUGAGCUAAAUGAUGAGCGAUGUCACUGGAAUUUGUUGUAGUCCAACACUGUUAUUUCACCUCUAGAGAAAUAUGUAUUAUGACAUUUGUUAUGAAUAUAUAUAAAGUGUUAUGUCCAAAAAGGUCUGGUCCAUUCCGGAGUAAAACAUUCAUAAAGUAAAGGUCUGGUCCAUUCUGGAGUAAAACAUUCAUAAAGUAAAGGUCUGGUCCAUUCCAGAGUAAAACAUUCAUAAAGUAAAGGUCUGGUCCAUUCUGGAGUAAAACAUUCAUAAAGUAAAGGUCUGGUCCAUUCUGGAGUAAAACAUUCAUAAAGUAAAGGUCUGGUCCAUUCUGGAGUAAAACAUUCAUAAAGUAAAGGUCUGGUCCAUUCUGGAGUAAAACAUUCAUAAAGUAAAGGUCUGGUCUGGUCCAUUCCAGAGUAAAACAUUCAUAAAGUAAAGGUCUGGUCCAUUCUGGAGUAAAACAUUCAUAAAGUAAAGGUCUGGUCCAUUCCAGAGUAAAACAUUCAUAAAGUAAAGGUCUGGUCCAUUCUGGAGUAAAACAUUCAUAAAGUAAAGGUCUGGUCCAUUCUGGAGUAAAACAUUCAUAAAGUAAAGGUCUGGUCCAUUCCAGAGUAAAACAUUCAUAAAGUAAAGGUCUGGUCCAUUCUGGAGUAAAACAUUCAUAAAGUAAAGGUCUGGUCCAUUCUGGAGUAAAACAUUCAUAAAGUAAAGGUCUGGUCCAUUCUGGAAUAAAACAUUCAUAAAGUAAAGGUCUGGUCCAUUCCGGAGUAAAACAUUCAUAAAGUAAAGGUCUGGUCCAUUCUGGAGUAAAACAUUCAUAAAGUAAAGGUCUGGUCUGGUCCAUUCCAGAGUAAAACAUUCAUAAAGUAAAGGUCUGGUCCAUUCUGGAGUAAAACAUUCAUAAAGUAAAGGUCUGGUCCAUUCUGGAGUAAAACAUUCAUAAAGUAAAGGUCUGGUCCAUUCUGGAGUAAAACAUUCAUAAAGUAAAGGUCUGGUCUGGUCCAUUCUGGAGUAAAACAUUCAUAAAGUAAAGGUCUGGUCCAUUCUGGAGUAAAACAUUCAUAAAGUAAAGGUCUGGUCCAUUCCGGAGUAAAACAUUCAUAAAGUAAAGGUCUGGUCCAUUCUGGAGUAAAACAUUCAUAAAGUAAAGGUCUGGUCCAUUCUGGAGUAAAACAUUCAUAAAGUAAAGGUCUGGUCUGGUCCAUUCUGGAGUAAAACAUUCAUAAAGUAAAGGUCUGGUCCAUUCUGGAGUAAAACAUUCAUAAAGUAAAGGUCUGGUCCAUUCUGGAGUAAAACAUUCAUAAAGUAAAGGUCUGGUCCAUUCUGAAGUAAAACAUUCAUAAAGUAAAGGUCUGGUCCAUUCUGGAGUAAAACAUUCAUAAAGUAAAGGUCUGGUCCAUUCCGGAGUAAAACAUUCAUAAAGUAAAGGUCUGGUCCAUUCUGGAGUAAAACAUUCAUAAAGUAAAGGUCUGGUCUGGUCCAUUCUGGAGUAAAACAUUCAUAAAGUAAAGGUCUGGUCCAUUCUGGAGUAAAACAUUCAUAAAGUAAAGGUCUGGUCCAUUCUGGAGUAAAACAUUCAUAAAGUAAAGGUCUGGUCCAUUCUGAAGUAAAACAUUCAUAAAGUAAAGGUCUGGUCCAUUCUGGAGUAAAACAUUCAUAAAGUAAAGGUCUGGUCCAUUCCGGAGUAAAACAUUCAUAAAGUAAAGGUCUGGUCCAUUCUGGAGUAAAACAUUCAUAAAGUAAAGGUCUGGUCCAUUCUGGAGUAAAACAUUCAUAAAGUAAAGGUCUGGUCUGGUCCAUUCUGGAGUAAAACAUUCAUAAAGUAAAGGUCUGGUCCAUUCUGGAGUAAAACAUUCAUAAAGUAAAGGUCUGGUCCAUUCUGGAGUAAAACAUUCAUAAAGUAAAGGUCUGGUCCAUUCUGAAGUAAAACAUUCAUAAAGUAAAGGUCUGGUCCAUUCUGGAGUAAAACAUUCAUAAAGUAAAGGUCUGGUCCAUUCCAGAGUAAAACAUUCAUAAAGUAAAGGUCUGGUCCAUUCUGGAGUAAAACAUUCAUAAAGUAAAGGUCUGGUCCAUUCUGGAGUAAAACAUUCAUAAAGUAAAGGUCUGGUCCAUUCCAGAGUAAAACAUUCAUAAAGUAAAGGUCUGGUCCAUUCUGGAGUAAAACAUUCAUAAAGUAAAGGUCUGGUCCAUUCUGGAGUAAAACAUUCAUAAAGUAAAGGUCUGGUCCAUUCUGGAGUAAAACAUUCAUAAAGUAAAGGUCUGGUCCAUUCUGGAGUAAAACAUUCAUAAAGUAAAGAUCUGGUCUGGUCCAUUCUGGAGUAAAACAUUCAUAAAGUAAAGGUCUGGUCCAUUCCAGAGUAAAACAUUCAUAAAGUAAAGGUCUGGUCCAUUCCGGAGUAAAACAUUCAUAAAGUAAAGGUCUGGUCCAUUCUGAAGUAAAACAUUCAUAAAGUAAAGGUCUGGUCCAUUCCGGAGUAAAACAUUCAUAAAGUAAAGGUCUGGUCCAUUCUGGAGUAAAACAUUCAUAAAGUAAAGGUCUGGUCCAUUCUGGAGUAAAACAUUCAUAAAGUAAAGGUCUGGUCCAUUCCGGAGUAAAACAUUCAUAAAGUAAAGGUCUGGUCCAUUCUGGAGUAAAACAUUCAUAAAGUAAAGGUCUGGUCCAUUCUGGAGUAAAACAUUCAUAAAGUAAAGGUCUGGUCCAUUCUGGAGUAAAACAUUCAUAAAGUAAAGGUCUGGUCCAUUCUGGAGUAAAACAUUCAUAAAGUAAAGGUCUGGUCCAUUCUGGAGUAAAACAUUCAUAAAGUAAAGGUCUGGUCCAUUCUGGAGUAAAACAUUCAUAAAGUAAAGGUCUGGUCCAUUCUGGAGUAAAACAUUCAUAAAGUAAAGGUCUGGUCCAUUCCGGAGUAAAACAUUCAUAAAGUAAAGGUCUGUUUGGGGAGUCCGCAUGCGCCCCCUAGUGGCCAAGUUCAAAAGACAAGUUUCCAAUGUUUAUGUGUUUUGUUUUUGUAACUUUUCUUUUGUUUCAAUAUGGCUCAAAAACUUUGGGAUAUUUGUUAUAUAUAUAUAUCUGUUUAAUUAAACCCUCAUUAAAAUAUGUUACAUUUA